AGAGCAGAAAUCAAAAUGCCACGAGGUGGAAAAAGACGAAUAAGCAACACAGAAAGUUGCUGAGCGCGGAUCAUGCAAUUACGCCAAGCGAUAAGGACUUGUUUGGGACGUGACAGCAGCAAAAGAAACGACCCAGUUGCCUCUCUAUCUGUUUUUAUAGCUACCAAUUUCUAUAAGCAAGCAAGCAAGAGUGAGCCUACAACAGCACCUCCCCCUUUUUCUUUUUCGAGACUAGUUCCCUCCCCUUGUCCCACCUUCUUCCUUACUUUAAGAGAAGAUAGCAAGCAAAGACACCAAUGUCAACCUCUACUAAAGACAGCCUAUCCACUGAGGACACAUCAUUACAACAAUCGCCACGAGUAACGACGAAGACACGACCACCAGAACCGACAUUAACGUCGGCUGCCAAAGAUGCUGAGACCUCCGUUAGCAGUAGAGCCGACGCACCCGAUUUGCUUAAUGAUCAGCAAUGUGAGCAGGCCCAAACUCAACGUUACAGGCAAGAACUAUCUUUAUCGUCAAUGUCGUUAGGAGCAGCACCACUGCCACCAGCAACGCAGGAAGAACGGCCUCAACCACAGCCACAAAAGGAUCAAACACACCAGCAGCAGCAAGACGGGCAAGUGCAAAGCAAACAAGAGAUACAAAACGAAGAGCAAACACAGCAACAGGAAGUACAACAACAACAGCAGCAACCUUCUGAGCAAACUGGUGCAGCGCAAGAAUAUCUGACGAAAAGGAUUCGAUGGUUUGACUUUGCUACUGGGAAGAAGAAGGACGUCCUCAUAAUUACACAGAAUGAAAAUGGGCCAUGCCCCCUCGUGGCAAUAUGUAAUGUUUUGUUUUUGCGAGGUGAUCUCGAAAUCAGACCGCCCGAUCGAGAGGAGGUGACAUUCGAAUACCUGGUGGAGCGUUUGGGGGAUUAUUUGCUUAAUCAUGGUCCUUCUCCCAAUACUGAUGAUUCUAAGAGAAGUGAAAAUCAGCAACAGCAGCAAGAAGUUGUAUCAGCCAGCCCAACUCAAUAUGAAGCUACUGACAUGGAUCGAGUUGAUUCUAGACAAUCCACGGCAGAAUAUGUUCUUACUUACCGAUAUAAUCUGGAUGCUGCAUUAUCUAUACUUCCCAACCUUCAAAUGGGAUUAGAUGUCAAUGUUCGAUUUUCAUCGAUACGAGGAUUUGAGCCGACUGCCGAACUUGCCAUGUUCGAUUUAUUUGGCGUUGAUCUUGUACAUGGAUGGCUAGCAGAUCCUCAAGAUCGAGAAACAUAUCGAAUAGUCGCGGAGAAAUGUGGAUCGUAUAACUCUGUGGUAGAAUGUGUGGUUCGUGGUGAUACAUUGAGCAGUGGUGCUGUCGUCGAAAGUGCAGAUGGAAAACAUGCAAUGAACGGCGGAUCCAAGCAAUGGUCUCCAGAAGAAGAGCGACAAAUCCAAGAAGGUCUUGUCGCGGCAGCAUUUCUGGAAGAUACAGCAACACAACUGACAUAUCAUGGUCUCGAAUCGUUGGUUUCGACGAUCCCAAGCAAUAAGCUCUGUGUACUGUUUCGUAAUAACCAUUUCUCUACGCUUUUCAAGCACCCAGAAACAUCCACACUCUAUAUACUCGUAACAGAUUCAGGAUUGGCUUCCGAGGAAAUGGUUGUCUGGGAGAAUUUAGGUGAUGUUGACCAAGGAUCAUCUGAAUUUUUCAAUAGCAUGUUUAAGAAGCCUGAAAUUGUCCGCUCACCUCCUCCACAAGCAGGACAAGAUGAUUUAGACUAUGUUCUGGCACUUUCUCUGCAGCAACAUGAAUUUUCGAGUGCGGAAGAAGAACAGCGUCGUCAUCGUCAGCAACAAGAACAAUGGCAACAACAGCAGCAGCAACAACAACAACAGUUAUUAGCAGAGCAACGACAUACUGAUCACCUGGCUGCAAAGCGAAAGAAAAAACAAAGUUGUAUCAUUUGUUAGCCUCUUUGCCUGCUCUUCUCUCCUCCGUAAUUUUAUCACUAACCAACAUCGUUCAAAUUCCACUAUUACUAUGAGUAUCUCGAACAAAUUUUGCUACAAAUGCCCUUUUCCCUAUUUUCCUUUUUAGCAAUUGUAUUAUCAUUGUCAGUCAUCAUCAUCAUCAUUCGUCACGUCACAUAUCACUAUAUAUACCUUGCUUUCCCACAGUUGUGAAGGAAUGUAGAGUUCGUUUACCACAUCCAAUUUUUCUUUGCGAUGGAUGAUUGCUAUUAUGGAGUAAUGUUUAUUUAUGUGGAUAUGCUUUAACCUCUUGCAGAAGAGUAGGGGGAGCAUCCGAUGAAAGGGUAAUAAAUGAGGCUUAUUACCACGGAAUGCGAGAGGACUAGCAUAUUUGCUAUGAUAGUGAAUGUCCUUUGUAUGCAUAUAUAGAAACUGAUAUUGAUAAUGAUA